AUGCCUUCGACGACGCCCAAAGUCUUCAUCAUCCGCCACGGCGAGACUGAAUGGUCGCUUAGCGGAAAGCAUACGGGACGCACCGAUAUCCCGCUCACAGCCAACGGAGAGAAGCGCGUACUGGCGACGGGCAAGGCCAUGAUCGGGCCGGACCGCCUGAUUGUGCCCGGCCAGCUCGACCACAUCUACGUGUCGCCCCGCAAGCGUGCCCAGCGCACCUUUGAGCUGCUCAACCUCGGCCUGCCAGACGGUGCACUCCCCUGGAAGCCCCACGGCGCCCACCCGUGCGAGGGCAUUCGGUGCGCGGCUGCGGUGCAGGUCGUCGAUGACAUCCGGGAGUGGGACUAUGGCGACUACGAGGGCAUCACGACCCCCGAUAUUCGCAGGAUACGCGCCGAGCAGGGCAUCGAGGGUCGCUGGGAUAUUUGGCACGAUGGUUGCCCAGGCGGCGAGAGCCCACAGGACGUGACGCAGAGAUUGGAUGAGCUGAUUCGCGAGAUACGCGAAAAGUAUCACGCUCCGGUCCUGGACGGCACGCACCCGAAUCCCGCGGCCACGGGCAACGUGCUCAUCGUCGCGCAUGGCCAUAUCCUACGCGCUCUGGCGCUCCGCUGGGCCGGUCGCCCGCUGGAUGCCGGUCCGACAUUUUUGCUCGAGGCGGGCGGCGUCGGCACACUGAGCUACGAGCAUCACAGUCUCGAUGAGCCCGCCAUUCUGCUGGGCGGUGCUUUUGUUGUUGGCGAUGACUAG